AGUCCGAGAUAAAUAACACGCACAAAAUAAAAAUAAAAACAAACGGCAAAAUCUUUAUUUUGAGAGAAUGCCUGGAGGAUCUGUAAAUGGAAGACCGUUCAGAGAGAGUGUAGAUUCGUAUUCGCGCACUGGUAUUCCAUGUGGUAAUCCUAGACGCUAUCAGAGCCAUGAUGUGGUACGAAUGGAGGCGGGAGCACGUUCUAGAUCAAGAAUUGUUGAUGGUCCACUGGAGACAAUUGAAACAGAGGGUCAGAAACAGCUCCAAUCCAUGCUCCAGAAACAAAUGGAGACAAAAGUUACCAUGCAGCAACAGCUAGGACAGAAGCGGGAAUUCACGCAAGGAGCAGAAUACCUAGCAUCAUCAGAGGAACUGACAGGAACAAGAAAUCUGAGUGACUUUAUUGCACUUGGAGAAGUGGAUAAAUAUAUUGAAGAAAUGAAAAAUUAUGGAUUGACCCAUGAGGAAAUCUUGUACAAAGUGCAAAUGGAGAAUGAAGGAAGUAUGCAGAAGAAGAGUAAAUUCAGCAACCCAGAUUAUAAUGUAUCCAGAAUGGCAGAGAUUGAUGAAAAAAUUGCUCAAAAGAAACAAGCCCUCUCCAAACCAGACAGUUUUUCAAAUGCAAAGUCGCUGUCCAGGCAUGAAAUGGAACUUGAAAACGCAAUAGCAACAGCAAAUACUCAAAACAGAUUUCUUCACAAAAAUUUAGUCAAGGAAAGAGAGAAUCAGAGCGGAAGUAAUCCAAAUGAUCCAAUGAAUUGCAUACCAGAAAUUCUUGAAAAGUUUUCAAAAAGUAAACAUUCUGAUACCAAAAAACAGAAAAAGAAGGACAAGAAAACUGAUAAAAAAGAAUGUAUGUUAGAGUGUUGUAAUUCAUCAAUGGUUUCAAAUUGUGCAGAAUGUAGCAGACGUAAAAUUGAAAAUACUGAAACAGAAAGUGAGGCUUGCUCAUUAUGUGACACAUCAUGUCAUCAGUCAUGUGACCAUGAAAUGGAAAUUCAGACAUGUGCAGAAAAGCCAGCAGACUAUGUGUCAAAAGAAGAAAUAACUGGAAAUAAAGCUAAAUCAGAAAAGAAAUUGCCACAAAAAUCCACCUCUUUUACUGUCAAAACUUUAACAGACAAGACAGUUUCUGAAGAGACAGUUGUAAACAGUAAUACAAAAGAUGAAGAAGAAGGUGUAGCAGAUAAAUCAAAUUCUUCAAAGGAACAAAAUGUGGAAAAUGUAAGAGAACUGGAAAAUGUUGAAGCUAUCCCUGAAGAUGUGAUAAGGCGAUAUAAAUUGUCCGCAGAUGAAGUGAAAAAGUUGCCAAGAUUUGAAACAUAUACACCUGGAGAACCCAGUAAUGUGCUUUUUGUGAAGAAUUUAGCACCAAAAGUAACAGAACAGGAUUUGGCCGCACUCUUUAUCCAGUUUCAAGAUGAUGAUAGCAACAGAAUUGUAUUUAAACUUCUAAAUGGAAGAAUGAAAGGACAGGCAUUUGUUACAUUCAGUAGUACCGAGAAAGCCAGUCAGGCACUGGAACUUGUUCAUGGAUAUGACUUCAAAGGAAAACCAGUCAUAGUGCAGUUUGGAAGAAAAUCAUCAUGAAGACAAACUUUUAUAUCAAAGUUUAUUUAUAGUUGCCACUUAUGAGCCACAUUGGCAGUUCUUGCAAACCAAUGAUUCUAAGUUUUUGAAGGCUCAUAUGAAAUAAAGAAGACAUUUCAUUUCUAGAAGUUUUCUUGGCUCUUAAAUAUAAUGUGUAAAGCACAGGUCCUCGAUUUAAAGUUUGAAAAGACUGUGAUUUUAGUUGGGCAGCAAGUUUAUGAACUCAGUAUCCUAGGUUUUUAAUUAGUCUGAAAUCUUACAUUUGGGCUACAUAUCCAGUGCUGUUUUAGAGACAGUUGUAUGAAUUAACUCUAAAGUUUGUUUUUCAGUGCAACAUUGCUGUAGCAAUCUUCACAAUACUGUUUAAGUCAGAAUGUUUCUGGAAUGCCUUUUUAGGCUAUGGAAAGACAAAUAUCUGUAUUCUGAAUUUAUGAGAAAAAUAGUCCUUGAAUAUAUAAUGUUAUAUACAUUUAAAGUUUGAAUGACAAGAAUAGAAUGAAAAUAAAAGAAUAAUUACAAUUUCAA